GCAGGUGCGAGGACCUAUGGCUUCCAGGCACAGGCCAUGGGAGUCCCAGCUGGGUUUGCUGUUCCACCCACCCAGAACCAGCCCAUUGUGCAGGAGGGGACGAUCUGGAUGCCUGUCCCUCCUCCUCUUCCCAACUGCCCUCCUGGACUGGAAUAUCUCACGCAGAUUGACCAGAUACUAAUUCAUCAGCAAAUUGAACUUCUUGAGAUUUUGACUGGCUUUGAAACAAACAACAAAUACGAAAUCAAGAAUACGCUGGGGCAAAGGGUGUACUUUGCAGCAGAGGACACUGACUGCUGUACCAGGAAUUGCUGUGGACCAUCACGACCGUUCACCCUCCGGAUUAUAGACAACCUGGGCCAUGAGGUGAUAACGCUGCAGAGACCCCUCCGGUGUUCUUCAUGCUGCUUUCCCUGCUGCUUACAGGAGCUGGAAGUUCAGGCGCCUCCAGGAACGCCAGUUGGUUAUGUUGUCCAGACCUGGCAUCCUUGCCUGCCAAAGUUUACCAUUCAAGAUGAGAAAAGAAUGGAUAUACUGAAAAUUAGUGGCCCAUGUGUUGUCUGCAGCUGUUGCGAGGACAUUAAUUUUGAGGUAAAGUCUGUGGAUGAGACUUCUACUGUUGGGAGGAUUUCUAAGCAGUGGACUGGGUUUUUGAAGGAAGCCUUUACAGAUGCAGAUAACUUUGGAAUCACAUUCCCAAUGGACCUUGAUGUAAAAAUGAAAGCUGUCAUGAUCGGUGCUUGCUUCCUUAUC